AUGCCGGUCCCAUGCUCUUUUGAUGAUCUCCAGAAACGCGACGGCCCGCCCCUCAACACCUGGGGCCUGUGGGGCAAGGACAACGAGCUGGGCCAGCUCAACCUCAUUGACGCGGCGGCCGUCAAGCGCGGCCGCGACAGUGUCAAGCACGGCAUCCCCGUUUGUCUCAAUCUGCCGAUGAAAGGGCGGCCUAUCAACCCAGGACGCGGGACGGUUGAGCAUGAACUCCUCGGAAAGGGGUAUUACUUUGACGACAAGGUAUCGUUCAACACUCAGUGCACAACACAGUGGGACGGGUUUGCCCAUGUUCCCUACCAGAACUAUCCCGAGAAGGGAAAGUACACGUACCAUGGAGGCAUGACGGCCGACGACAUCUGGGGCGGAUGCACCAAGUACGGCAUCCACAACUUGGCCAAGCAUCCAGUAACCUCGCGGGCCCACCUGAUCGACAUUGCGAGGUGGGCUGAGAAGAACGGGGUCAAACUCGACCAACUGAGUGCCAACACGCCCAUCUCGCUCGACAUGAUCCAGAAAUGCGCCGAUGAGCACGGAAUCAAGUUUGAGUCGGGCGACGUCCUGAUCGUCCGUACCGGCUACACCGAGGCCGUGUACAACAUGCCCGAGGACAAGUACAAAGAGUACAACCCGAUGAUGGGUGCGAUUGGCGUCGACCCCAGUCCAGAGCUCAUGCGCUGGAUCUGGGAGACUGGAAUUCCGGCUGUGGCGUCGGAUGCCUUUGCGUUCGAGUCGUGGCCGCCCAAAUCGAUGGGGCCGGAGAAGCCUUGUAUCCACGAGGUUUUCCUCGGCGGGUGGGGGCUGCCGCUCGGCGAGCUCUUCGACCUGCGCGAGCUUAGCGACAAGUGCGCCGAGCUCAACCAGUACACGUUCUUCCUCACUACGAUGGCUUUCAACCUUGAGGGCGGUAUCGGAUCGCCGCCCAACGCCCAGGCGAUUCUCUAG